UAAUCGAUCUGAUCAUUCUUCUUCCCCUCAUGUUCUCUCACAAAUCUUACCUACAUCCUCGUAACUGAUCUCACAAACACAUGGUAUUAUUCUCGCUCUGUCGUUCAAAGCCUCAAUACCAACACAGCCUGAGUGUUGCCCAGUGUCCUAUAAGAGGUCAUAUACCGUGACUAAUGUAUCAGACUAAAAUUAACAAGUAUAUUUUUUCUUUUCAAGGGAGUGAUAAGACUGACUCUACUUCCUUCAGUGUUUCUUAAGGUGUAGUUGUGUAUUAUGUUCUUCCAGGAUAAUAAGAAGUUACCUGGUGGUGGUAUGGUCACCGUCUCCUGCACUGCUCUGAGGACGCCGGUUCGAGAAUUCUGGUUACCUCGAUAACAAGAAGUGAAGUUGUCUAAUGGAGUGACGCAUCAAGAGAUAUAUAGUGUGGUGUUGGCUGUUAAAAUAUACAUACAGUGUGGUGUUGACAGAUAAAAUAUACAUACAGUGUGGUGUUGACUGAUAAAAUAUACAUACAGUGUGGUGUUGACUGAUAAAAUAUACAUACAGUGUGGUGUUGACUGAUAAAAGAUACAUACAGUGUGGUGUUGACUGAUAAAAGAUACAUACAGUGUGGUGUUGACUGAUAAAAGAUACAUACAGUGGGGUGUUGGCUGAUAAAAGAUACAUACAGUGUGGUGUUGACUGAUAAAAUAUACAUACAGUGGGGUGUUGACUGAUAAAAGAUACAUACAGUGUGGUGUUGACUGAUAAAAGAUACAUACAGUGUGGUGUUGACUGAUAUAAGCUACAGUGUGGUGUUGACAUAAAGCGUCGUGAUGGCAGAGACAACAUCAGCUAGAGCUAUUGACAGGAAGAUGUUACCAAUGAAAGUUCACUAUUUUAUUAGGUUUGCAGGUACAGGCCCUCUGAUACCUUUCCUCUCAGUGAUCGCCCGGCAGAAGGGAGUGUCUGAACAGGUGGUGGGUGUCAUCUGGAUGGUGUUACCCUUCAGCAGCCUGGUGACCAAGACGUUUGUAGGGGCUCUCGCUGACUGCUUGAGGGCACAUCGCGUUAUAUUCUUGAGCGGCGUUGCCCUUAUGCUGGCGGCUCUCUCAGGCUUAUACUGGGUGCCUGAUGUCCCCACACACUGCUCCAACACCACGCUCCUUCCGCAACCUCUCGCAGAUACCGUUACUUCCCAUGACUCUCUGACCUCCCAUGACUCUCUGACCUCCCAUGACUCUCUGACCUCCCAAGACCCUUUGACCUUUAAUGCUUAUAUACCCACCAGUAUCCCCUACAUGACCCAAGGUGACCCUAGUAACGAUAGUCAUGCCUUACCGAAUCUCUCUGGGGUGGAGGUCGGGGGUAAUGAGGCUGGCGAUAAAUUACUUCCUGGGCCUCCAACAGCCAAGUGUUUAACCUCAGCUCAGGGACACACAGUGGAGCAUCUGUCUGCAGGAGUACUGAUAACGCGACACGAGUUCUGGAUGUUGUUCAUGUGUCUUCUGCUGCAAUAUUGUGGCCAUGUUACCGUGAUCACCAUGCAGGAGACAGUGUGCUUCCAGAUGCUCGGUGAGGCGCGACACAGGUACGGGGAGCAGCGGCUGUGGGGGACAGUGGGCUGGGGCAUCUCAGCUAUGGCAUCAGGGGCGCUCGUUGACUGGUACUCUAAGGGGUCGCAGCAGAAGGACUACUUGCCAGCUCACCUCAUGACGGUGGUGUUCUUGCUGGUGGACCUGGUGGUGGUGGCGCGACUCAGGUACCGUGUCCCUGAGAAGAAGAUGAGUCCAAAGACUCUUCAUGGUGCUCUCUGGCGACCCCAUAUUCUCCUCGUACUGGUGACCCUGUUGGUAAUAGGAAACACCUGUGGAGUCUUAUGGACGUUCCAUCUCCUGCUGGUGGAGGACGUGGCGCGCCUCUGGGACCCUCACUUUCCACACCUCAGACUCCUUCAGGGCCUUACCCAGGGCGUUCAGUGCUUUCUGGCUGAGGUGCCCUUCUUCUUCCUUGCUGGUCGUAUCGUCAAGAGGAUUGGCCACGUGAACAGUUUAUUAAUUUCACUGGUGGGGUUCGCCGUCCGUCUCAGUCUCUACGCCGUCAUUACUAACCCUUGGUGGUUCCUCCCGGCUGACCUCCUUCAUGGCAUCUCUUUCGGCAUCGCCUACCCCACCUUCACCGCCUACGCCAGCCUGGUGGCUCCUAAGGGCGCCGAGGCUACCACCCAAGCCAUUUUCGGCGCAGCGUUCUUCGGUGGAUCGGGACUGGGCGGGUUGAUCGGUGGAUGGUUGUUUCAAGGGAUGGGUGGUCGGAGAACCUUCCUCGCGGUCGCCAUAUUCAACGGGAUCUACGCCCUAGCCUUCAUAUCUCUACACACUCUCAUCAGCCGCCUCUGUCCCGGGAGCCCUCAACACGUAGACAACGGAGAAGCAAGUGAAGGAGGGGUGAGGCACGAGGAAGGGGAAGAGGAGGAGGAGGAGGAGGAAGAGAAGGAGGAGAUGAAGAUGGAGGAGGUACGUCUGGUUGAUCGUGUAGAGAAACAGCCUCGUUUAGUCCCAGGUGGUCGAGUCCAGACUACGUGAUGUCUCCUGAUACUUAAGACAUCUGUUUUAUAUUGUCACUUACUGCUAGUCGUCAUAGAUGGCUCUUCUGUAGACAUAUUUAUACAAGUGAAAAUAAAAUCAGACAUGAAGUAGAAAUAAAGAUGGUAAUAGUAAUUGUA